UCCGCUGGAGGGUAAGGGAAGAUGCAGACCUUUCUGAAAGGGAAAAGAGUUGGUUAUUGGCUGAGUGAAAAGAAGAUCAAGAAGCUGAAUUUUCAGGCCUUUGCAGAGCUCUGCAGGAAAAGAGGGAUAGAAGUCAUACAGCUUGACCUUACCAAACCAAUAGAAGAUCAGGGCCCGUUGGACGUGAUCAUACAUAAACUGACGGAUGUCAUCCUUGAAGCAGACCAAAAUGACAGCCAGUCGUUGGAGUUGGUUUACAGGUUCCAGGAGUAUAUUGAUGCUCACCCUGAAACCAUCAUCCUGGACCCCCUUCCUGCUAUCCGGACGCUGCUGGACCGAUCCAAGUCUUAUGAGCUUAUUCGGCGAAUAGAGGCCUACAUGCAAGAUGAGAGGAUCUGUUCACCACCCUUUAUGGAGCUGACAAGCGCCUGUGGAGAAGACACCUUGCAGGUCAUAGAGAAGAAUGGACUAGCAUUCCCAUUCAUUUGUAAAACCAGAGUGGCCCAUGGAACCAACUCUCAUGAGAUGGCAAUCAUAUUCAACCAGGAAGGCUUGAAGGCCAUCCAGCCCCCCUGCGUGAUUCAGAGCUUCAUCAAUCACAACGCUGUGCUGUAUAAAGUGUUUGUGGUUGGGGAAUCCUACACUGUGGUAAAAAGACCAUCUUUAAAGAACUUCUCGGCAGGCAUUUCAGAUAGAGAAUCAAUAUUUUUCAACAGCCACAAUGUGUCGAAGCCAGAAUCCUCCUCUGUCUUAACAGCACUUGAUAAAAUCGAAGGUGUGUUUGAACGGCCAAAUGACGACGUCAUCCGGGAGAUCUCCAAGGCACUGAGACAGGCUCUGGGGGUUUCCCUCUUUGGGAUUGACAUUAUCAUUAACAAUCAGACCGGCCAGCAUGCAGUCAUUGAUAUCAAUGCAUUCCCAGGUUAUGAGGGUGUUGCAGAGUUCUUCACAGACCUCCUGAACCACAUAGCUGCUGUCCUGCAGGGCCAGACACCGGAGGUGACCCAACUAAACCUCAGCAAACUCCUGGCUGAGCAGACCGGCGGCAUAGUAGGGGAGCGGACAUGCUGUGCUAGUACAGGCUGCCGAAGCGUGGUGGGAAAAGACUCCUCCUGGAUUGUGGAAAGUGAGACCAACAGCUCAGUAAAGCUGCAGCACCAGAGACUAGGCUGCAACUCUGCAGUGUCCCCCAGCUUUCAGCAGCACUGCGUUGCCACGUUGGCAACAAAAGCUUCCUCUCAAUAGCCAGACAACACCGUGGACUGAGGAAAAGCCGUGGGGAGUCAAAUCACGGUCCUAGAAUCAGAGCAGGCUGUAACAAAUUUCUAUUGAUUUAACACGAUUUGUUGAUGAAAUUAUCUGAAAAGGAGUGGGGAAGAAAAAUGAUCCGGAUACAUUUCUUCAGAUUCCAGUUGCAAAUCUGUAGUGAGCUUGCACAUGCUUGUGUUUAACACUAGACCUUAAUGUGGGAGGGUUGCUUUUGCGUUUCGUUUUAGAUUUUAUUUGUAAUCACCAGUGACCAGCAUUUUAAAAUCAGACCUCAUGGAACCGGAAAAAAUUAUAGUUGACAUGGCGUGCGUGACAAUGCUAGAGAUUUUCACCUUUCCAGAGUACUUCCCAUUCCCUCUUUCCAGCUGGACCCUUGAAAAGAACAUUUAAAAAAGCUUCAGUAUCAGCAGAAUAGGUGUGCCCAGAGCUUCAUUGGCAACUUGCUGAGGGCAGUAGGGCUGCACCUUAUUUGAUGGCUCAAAACAGAUUGCAGCUGCCCUCCUGUUUAAAACUGAGGUGGAGACUACAGUUCCAACUCGGGGGUUCUCUUCCUUGAACCGAGUUGUUUCAGAUAAAGGAAGCUUCAAAUUGUAUUUCGCCACAAGAAUGCUACCAUGGCAGUAAAGAAUCUUUUCUGAUCCAGCAAGGCUUGAGUUUUAAAAGCAAAGGAUGCAUACUACUAGUGGGAGUUGGGUGUCUUGGUAGAUAAAACACUGCUCUUUGUACUUUUGGCUGGCCAUGAGACUCUAAAGCUUAUUCUUUAGCCGAGAAAAUAAUUGUCCUUCCAUUUCACUCAGGCAAAGCGUAGGAAUGCUUUGCUAGAGGGCUAGCAAAUGGAUCCAUUUUUACUUUCACAGAGUAGUACACCAGCCUUGCUUGCACAUCCUGUAAAUACAUGUGUAAUUCAGAUUUGUAGCCACUAUUCUCCAUUAAUACACGGCUAUGCAUAAAUCAUUGCUCUCAACAGUGAUUGAACAUGAGCAAAAUUGGAGCGAGCAGGGUUUUGUGUAGGUUAUGAUUUGUGACAGUUUUUCUGAUUUAGAGACUGUUACUAUCUGGGACUGCCAGAGGAGGCUAGGCAGGUAAAUUACAAGAGUAGUGGGUGUACUCGUUUGUGAACUGUAGCACAGGCUGAUCAUACAUUACAGUUGAGAUACCAUAGCAAAACUAAAAUGUAUGUUCUCUUCCUGCAACAUGGCAGCAUCUUCUGUCUUUUUAAAUUUCCUGCAGCUUUUGUCAAUCGUGAACACUAAAUCGGAAGUAACUGAAUCAGUCAAUGCUGUAAAAGCAGGUUUCAAGCAUACACAUUAUUUUUAUGGGGCUCACGGCCUUUCCAUCUUUAAGAAAUCCCUAAAAUAUGUUCACAGAGAUGCUAUUACGAAAGCAUCACCUUAGUUAAGCUCUGGGAUGUGACAAUUCCAUGUUUUUCUAUGUUAAGCAUUUAUAGAGCAUACAUCACCAUAACACCGUAGUGUCAACUAUUCUAGUAUCUGAUAGUCAGUGUGGAGGGAAGGAGUAGGUAGGGGAUGUAACACAACCUUAGGAUAGUGGAGGUAGCCAGAGCAGGAAGCCAGGGAGGGGGAGGAGUGAGCCAAACCAUUUGAAAAAUGCUCGCUGCCAUAUGGUGGUGGCCAUCCCUCAUGGAGAAGUCCUAUAGGUUCCUGUAAAAAUCACUCUUAACCUUUCUAUAGGGUUUUAUUGGGGGGAGGGGCUAUCAAUUUCUGUUAAAUUCUCCAAGACUGUUCCAUAAGGAAUGUCAUUUGUCUUUGGAGUCAGAUUUGUAUGAAACACGAAUACAGCAAAGUUCCUGGAUUUGUGUACAAAUCAAUUCUGAAUUGGGCACCUGUCAUAAGCCUAGUAUGCAUUGAGGCUGCUGAAUAAUUGCUGAAUCCCACCGUUUACUGCAUGUUGUAGGUCCCAGGUGGCAGGGGUGGGAGUGAGGAGGACAACCAUAGUUAUGGACUUAUAACAAUGUUCAUGAUUGACCAAACCUUUCCUAGAGCCAAGACUGAAAUAAAAUAGACAUCUAAAGGAUUUUUUGAGAUCUUUUUAUGUUUCAAGUAAAACAAAGAUGCCCUCAGGAAGGAACCCACCAGUGUGUAUUUUUGUAUGGUACUCUUGUGUAACUGGUGGGUGGAAUGUUUAUAGAUUUGCCAUUUGCUUCCUUUAUUAAAAUGGAAAAAAUGUAAUGGGUGGUGGUGGGAGGAAAAGAAGCAAUGCUUAAUAUGGUUUAGUAACACGAGACCUUUCAAACUAACUGUUUACGUGAAUCAGAGUGUUGGAUCCAGUUAAAAUGUCUGUAUGCUGUUUCCUAGAUAUAACAUUGAAUAAGAAUUUAUUUUCCCUGGCUACCUUCUGAAUUUUGGUUGGCCUAUUUUGCACUGCUUUAUUUCUCCAAAAUAAACUACUGAAAUACAAUUGUGCAUUUUACACUUGUUUACAAAUGAUUGUUAAAAAGUUUAUUUUGUAAUUCUCUGAAGCCUUACAAGAUACUUUACCUAUUUAAGUAUAAUCCAGACCUUGGCAAUAAUUAGAAAAUAAGCUUAGUUUACUAGCAUGAUCCCUGACAGGGUCUUUCCAAAAUUCUAUAAUUUAUUUUUAUUUAUCUAGUUUAUUGGUAUCACUUUAAUUUACUAGGCACAAAUAUCAUGCAAAUAUUCUUUAAUGACAUAGCAUUACAAUGGGAUUUCCAGAUAGCUGCAUGUAGCUACAAUUUCAAGUAGCUACAAUCGUGAUAUGUUUCUUCAGAUUGACUCACACAGUAUAAUUUUGCUAAUUCACAUGCACAGCUGGGAGACCAAUGAUGAACUAUUGAAAUGUGUGUUCAUGUAUCAAGCACACGAACAAAUGCAGCAAAACAAGGAACAAAACAAACCACCCAAGAUUACUUCACUGUAAAGACAUUCAAGUGUGUGCUCAACUUUAAGCAUGUUUUAAGUCCAUCCCUAUUCUGGAAAACACUUAAACAUGCAUAACUUUAAACAAGUGCUUAAGUGCUUUGCUGAAUCAGUGCCUUAUUUGGCAAGUGUAGACUAGCUUUAGUUAUGAUGAUGCUUCAUAGUAAACUAGUUAAUAUUCUAUAGUAUAUUUUAUAAAAGUAAUGAAGUCUUAGCAAUAUUAGACCUCACUAUAGUGUCCUUGCUAUUAAAACUUUCCUGAGAAUUAGGGAGAGACCACUGUUUUGUGUAUGUGAAUUAUAGGGUGUGUGAAUUAGUGAGAUUCUGCUGUGGUUUCAGAUGUUUACAUACUUAUCAUUGUAUGGAUUGAUAUAAUUUCCACGGUAAUUAGAAUGGUCAACUGUUACCCAGAAUGGGCCAAAUUCUGUCCUGUUAACUGUUGUAAGUCUGCAGUAACACUAUUAACUUCAUUGGCCUUUCUCCACAUUUACUCUUGUUUAAAUGGAGCAGAAUUGACUGUGAAGGUCAAAGUCUUGAUCCUAUUGAAUCCAAUUAUAGUUUCGCAAUUCAAAGAUCAAGAUUUGCCUUUAUGUAGAGAAUACUUGCAUGGUAUUAGAAUAACCUGUAAUGGAAAGCCGUUACCAUUUAUCCAUCUAUCCACCCGACCGGCUUGCUUUGCCACAUUAUGCUUUGAUUUGUAAUGGUAAAUCAUUCAGAAGUUACAUACUGCUUUAUUCAAAGUGCAGUUUUAAAAUGCAACCUAACUGUGAUGAUGAUCAGUGGUUAUGGUUAAUGAAAUAGAACAUACACUUGGACUAGGGCAUUUUUCCUUUUGUUUUAUCCACAUGUCUGAGUAUACAAAACCUAUGUGCUUUAGAUGCUGACUGACUGGGCUGGCUGGCUUAUAGGAUGCCUCUUGUAGCUUGUAGACUGUUGAUUUGUAAAUCUAGGCUUUUUAAAAAUCUGAAUGAUAAAGUGGUUCAAAGAUCCCAGUUCUAAAUGCAUGUGCACUUGUAUGUACGAGAUCUGUUAGAUUUUGGUGUAAUCUUCUGCAGCAGGUUGCAGAAACAAAACCACUGAUAAGGUUUUUGUUUUUGUUUCAUUUUCUUUUAAGUAGGUGAAUACACAUUAAGAGCCUGACCCUAAGGGCUAGUCUACACUGGCAACGUUAAAGCGCUGCCUUGGCAGUGCUUUAACGUG